AUGGCCGUUCACCUUAUGGCACCCCCGAACCCGGGCUGUGGAGUACUGGCUGAAACUAGCUGCGUGGCCGAUGUGGAGGAUAGCAUUUGUCAAGAACCACAACCAAGAUCGAGAACCGGUGGAUCUCAUCGACUGGCGCGAACGGUGUCCGAAAUAGUCGGUGUCCGCGGUGCGUCCUCCGCGAGCAUUGGCGAGCAAUGGCUGAGAUCAUCGUUGCCCCGAACGGAUCUGGACAAAGGAAGACGAAGUGCCACUGCAGCCCUGGUGGACGCUGGUCUCAUUCGUUCUCUCUCCCCUUCCAUUCCGUCGGAGUCCUUGGUUGACUACGGAGGGGAGGUGACCAUCAGAAGGGCCGCUCGGUUGGUCCAGUCAGCUAUUUAUACCCUCCCCCCUACGUAG